AUGCCUUCAAACGGUGACGCCGGUCGAGCUUCCACGGCCGCGUCGAAGUCGGGCAGCCUCGUGAACGCGUCGGGAUACAAGUUCUCCGACAAGGACAGCAAGCCGGGAAAGAUCAAGCUGAAGAAAUCCGCCAAGAUCGGGAAAAAGAAGGCGCAAGAGAAAGAUGCCCCUGAUUCCCCCGGGUCGUCGCCGAUUCUCCCGGAGAUCGAUGAGAAAACAAUGGCGGCGUUUCCUACGGGGAAGCCACGGGAGGAAGAUACUCUCGAGACGGUGAUUUGUAAGACAUGCAAGAGGCCGGUCCUCAAGCAGAACGCCGUCGAGCAUAUCCGGGGCUGUAUCCGGGCGAAACAGGAGAAGGCGCGGCGGAAGAAGGAGGCGCGGGAUGCGGCGAAUCGCGCCAAGGAGAAGGGGUCCGGCGACAAAGACGGCGAUGACGAUGAUGGUGUCGGUGACAAAGGCGAUGGCGAGGAGUCGGUGAAGGCGCAAAAGAGCGCCGCGAAGAAGAGUGCCGUCAAGGGCAUGGCGGAGGAUGGAACGAAGAAAGGGAAGAAGCGCAAGGCCGAGGGGGACGACGACAACAAGGACAAGGAACCGAAGAAGAAAAAGAAGAAGGAAGAGCCGAAACCGAAAGCGCCCAAGCCCAAGGGUCCGGUUGAUGUCGAGAAGCAGUGCGGUGUUACCCUGCCGAAUGGCGCUCAGUGUGCGCGGUCGUUGACUUGUAAGAGUCACUCGAUGGGUGCGAAGCGUGCGGUUCCUGGACGAUCUUUGCCCUAUGAUAUGCUGCUUCAAGCGUAUCAGAAGAAGAACCAAGCCCGUCAGCAGAAGGCGGCCAUCGACGCAAAUGCACCACUCCAGGAUGACCUGGAAAAUAAUGGCCCUGUCGAUUCAGACGAAGAGAAAGAUUCUGUCAUGGCAGCAAUUUCCCGUUCCCACCCACAACCCUUGGUCACCCAUACUCUGAUAUCUACGAAGAAAAAGUAUCAGUAUGUGCGCAUCAAAGAGAUGAUUUCCCAUGCACUGGGCGGAGCACGCGGCGGCGGACUAUUUUCUACGGGAGACCAGAUCAGCAGCCCUAUUGAGGGAAACAUCUUUCAGCCCCUCAACGAAGUCAAUCUAGACAUAUCGCCGCUUGCUUCGGAUGCGCCUGAUGAUAAUAGCGGGACGACUACUACGACAGACGUCGCGAGAAAGACCCCCGUGGUAGCGAGCUCUAAUUCCGAACCCCAUCUAGCUGAUCAAUUUCGCAGGGAGGUCGCGGACUUGCUAGGUCGCAAAAACCUCAAUUUCCCCGGGGCUCAACCGGUCAGCUUCUCCAACCGCCACCUCCUCGAACUACAACGGGAAGACUACUACGUAUGCGAAAAGACCGAUGGCAUUCGCUGUUUGAUGUACUUUGCGCGCGGAGAACCGGAGUCAGAGACGCCUGAAAUCCACUACCUCAUCGACCGCAAGAAUGAAUACCGCUACGUGCCGCAGCUGCACUUCCCCAUGCCCGACGACGACACCUUCCAGUCCUUCCACGUGGAUACCCUGGUAGACGGCGAGUUGGUGAAUGACACCUACCCGGACGGCACGCAGCAACUGAAAUUCCUCGUCUUCGACUGUCUCGUACUCGACGGACAAAGCCUCAUGCACCGCACCCUCGAUAAGCGCCUCGCAUACUUCAAGGAGAAAGUCCUCAAGCCGUACAACGCGCUGUACGACCGAUUCCCCGAGGAAAAGCAACACCGCAUCUUCACGGUCGAAGACAAAUCCACCCAAGUCAGCUACGGCAUCGAGAUGAUGUUCCGCGAGAUCAUCCCCAAGGUGAAGGAAAUCCACGGCAACGACGGCCUCAUCUUCACGUGUCGCAGCACCCCCUACCGCAUCGGCACCGACGAGCACAUCCUGAAAUGGAAACCCCCGGCCGAAAACACCAUCGACUUCCGCAUGCGCCUCGAGUUCCCGAUCCUGGAGCCCGACUCCGACGACGAGGCCGACGGCCUCACCGAUCCAUUCCCGGACUACGACGCCCUGCCCAUCUUCCAUCUCUUCGUCCUCCUCAAUGCCAACGAGUACCAGCCCUUCGGCGAGAUGUUCGUCACCGCGCCCGAGUGGGACGACCUCAAGGCCCUGCAGGUGCCCCUCGACGACAGCAUUGUCGAGUGCGCCAAGGACGACCAGGGCCGCUGGCGCUACCACCGGAUUCGCGACGACAAGGCCGACGCAAACCACAUCUCCACCGUGGAGAAAGUCCUAGAGAGCAUCGAGGACCGCGUCACGGAGGAUGAUCUCAUCCGUGCGGCGCCCGCCAUCAAAACCGCCUGGAAGAAGCGCCAGGCCCAAGCGGAGGCGGAAGAGCGGAAGCAGCGGGCUCGACAGGCCGCUCCUCCGCCUUCUCAUACGAAUGGCAACGGAGUCAAGAGGAAAUUCGAGGAGGAGUAA